AUGGAAGAGGGUGUGAGAUCAGGGGGUGUGUUGAAGAAAAAGAGCUCAUCUGGUUGUUUGAUUAUCAAAAAGAAAGGGGAUGGGAUGGGUGGGGUUGGUCCGUCGGGUUCACGUAAAGAUAAGAAGAGGUCUAGAUUAAUUCGUAGGGAUUCGGGGUCGAGUGAUGAGUUACUAGAGCCUAGUCGGAGGAAAGUAACAGGAAAGUGUCAUAAUGGCUCGGUUGAAUUUAGAAAGAAUAUUGUGGACAAUAGAGAAUUUGUUAGGAAUGGCGAAUUUGGAAGUGAAGAGACAAAGGGAAGUAGGUUAGAUUUGUUUGAAUUCAAUGAGUAUGAUGAAUUCGAUGGAAAGAUGAUGAGGAAUGAUUAUAUGAUUGGACGUAGGGGGAGUCCCAUGGAAUUUGGAAGUGGGUCUAGUAGAAACGUAAUGGGUGGGAGGAAUAAAGGAGUCAAUUACAAUGUAAAGAGCAUGUUGGAGGGGGAGGAGGAUGAAGCUCAUUUGCCAAUUUCAUCUUUGAGGAGAGAGAAGUUUCAGGAAGCAUCUGAUAAGCCUAUCAGGUUGCAGGGGAAAAAUGGUGUGUUGAAAGUAAUGGUCAAUAAAAAGAAGAUGGGUUUGUCUCAUAGUAGUUACAAUCAUCAGGAAGUUAAGGAUAGAACGGGUUCUAGGUCUGGGGAUGCUUUUAGAAAGAACACAGUGGCGCGACCCUCAUCAUAUUCUGAUUCGAAACAUCCUGAAAAAACAGUUACAUUUGUCAAGACUGAGAAAAGUGAGAUGAAAUUGCGGAAAUCAUUGCAAACUAAGAGCAGUAAGGGUGGGGAUUUGGAAACAGACACCUCACUGAAGCUGAGACCUUCAACUGUGAAAGCUUGUGAUGCAGCAAUAGGGGUGAAAAAUGAAGGAAAAAAAACUCCGCUGACUGAAAAUACUACUACAGGUAGAAGUAAGGAAAGAAAAAUUUCAGGCAGUGUGGGCACAGACAAGCAAAUACUACGUGAGCAGAUAAGGGAUAUGCUCAUCAAAGCUGGCUGGACAAUUGAUUAUAGGCCAAGAAGGAAUAGAGAUUAUCUAGAUGCCGUUUACAUUAACCCCAGUGGAACGGCUUAUUGGUCAAUUAUUAAGGCUUAUGAUGCUCUUCAAAAGCAGAUGGAGGAAGAGGGUGAUAAUACCAAACCUGGCUCGAAAGAGGUUCAAUUCUCUCCAUUAUCAGGUGACUUGCUCAAUAAAUUAACCAGACGAACCAGAAAGAAGAUUGAGAAGGAAACGAAGAAGAGAAGAGACGAUGGUCUUGCGGAGGGAAGUGACAAUGAUCAGCAUGAGGAUACACUUAGUUUCUAUAUGAGGCAGAAUGGCAAGUCAUUGAGAGGCAGAUUGCAAAAAGCAGAUCAUGUGAGUGGGGAUGAUUUGAAUGAAAAUGCAACUAAUUCUCGUAAGAUACAAGGAAGAAAAAGCAGAAUCAAAGGCAGAUGUACUUUGUUGGUUCGUAGUUCUGACGAGGGACAGGAUUCAGAAACUGAAGGCUAUGUUUCAUAUACCGGAAAACGAACCUUGUUGGCAUGGCUGAUUGACUCUGGAACUGUGAAAUUGAGUGAAAAAGUGCAGUAUAUGAACCGUAGACGAACAAAAGUAAUGCUAGAGGGAUGGAUCACGAAGGAUGGUAUCCACUGUGGUUGCUGUAGCAAAAUCCUUACGGUUUCGAAGUUUGAGAUUCAUGCAGGAACCAAAAAGGGUCAGCCAUACCAAAACAUAGUCUUGGAGUCUGGGUUUUCCUUGUUGCAAUGCCAGAUAGAUGCAUGGAACAGGCAGCAGGAGUCAGAACGCCAAGGCUUUUACACCAUAGAAAUUGAUGGUGAUGAUCCCGAUGACGAUACUUGUGGCAUCUGCGGUGACGGUGGGGAUUUGAUCUGUUGUGAUGGUUGUCCAUCAACGUUUCAUCAGAGCUGCUUAGAUAUACAGAUGCUACCCCUAGGUGAUUGGCACUGUCCAAAUUGUACAUGCAUAAUUUGUGGGAUCGUCAGUGGGGGUGACGCUGAAGAAAAUAGUAGAACUGUUGAAUCACUUAUCACAUGCAGCCUUUGUGAGAAAAAAUAUCACGAAUCAUGCUGUCAGAAGAUGAAUUCUCUACCUGCUGAUUCGAAUAACGCCUCCACUUCCUUUUGUAGCAACAAGUGCCAGGAGAUAUUUGACCAUUUGCAAAACCUUCUUGGGGUCAAACAUGAAAUGGAAGCAGGAUUCUCAUGGUCUCUCAUUCGUCGAACAGAUCUAGACUUAGAUGCAUUCCAUCAUGGGUCUCCUCAAAGAGUGGAAUGCAAUUCAAAGCUUGCCGUUGCACUUUCCAUCAUGAAUGAGUGUUUUUUAUCCAUUGUUGACAGGAGGAGUGGCAUUAAUUUAAUACAUAAUGUUCUUUAUAAUUGUGGAUUAACCUUUUUGGGCAUUCUGAUGGGCAUUAGCCGCACAGGCCUGAGAGACUUUUCUGAUCUACAUACAUCAAAGUCAAUAGAUUUGGCUACGAUAUGGUAUGUGGUGGAUGUUCCUAGGAUUACUAUUGAUUCCUCAACAAUCCAAGAGGAUAAGACCACCCCAGUGACUAGCAGCCACAGCUCAAUCUAUGGCAAACAAAUUACUAGUGAUUCAGCCAGUGCUGCAUAA